UGAAGAUCUGUAACUUAGACGCCACCAGAUGGGCUUUUCAUAUACAGAAAUUCUUUGUGUUAAGUUCUCAUUGCCUGCUGGUGGAGUCUCUGGUAGUUUCCACUUGAACCGCUUCAUGAUCCUGAUUCCUGAUACUUUCAUGUUAUUAAUCUAAUGGAAGAUCAGAGACGGACUAAGAUAUUUAUUCCAUGUCAUCAAGGAGAAUAUGAGACCAUAAUAUAUUCAUAUAAUCAUUCAAGAAGAGACAUAUCUACAAUCUUUUUAUCCAUUCAACAACAUGCAAAAGUUUUAUCGACUGUUAUUCCUCAUAUAUGGAUAUCUCAGCUACUUAUCAUUUACAUGAGAGCUGUAGUUUCUAUGGGCUGUGCUCCCUUUGGAACUUGAAAGAAGGCACCAUAGUUUUUGGUUAUUGUGUUAAUCAUGGUUCUAUCCUAUGGGAGGCGGAACUAUCGUAGGACUGAUUUAAGAGAGAAGCUGGGCAGACGUCAUUCCCCACCUCGGAGAAACUCUCUUGACAAAGAGGCAAGACAUCCAUUUCCUUCUUAUGGUCAUAGUUCUCCAAGAUUGGGGAAAAAGAGUGAUUGGGGUCAUAGAAGAAGACAACAGUUUGAUGGUGAAAAUGACUACGCUGGAAGCUUAAGAUCAGUAGAUGGGGUUGGACGGCAAGCCAGUGAAAGAAAACCUUCAUUAUCAGAAUCUACGGAUGUCAAUGACGAGCAGUUGAAGCAAAUGCAUUCUAAAAUUGAUAUGUUAGAAGAUCAAAAGCAGCAAUUGCAGAUCUAUUUGGAAGAAAGCAUCGAAAAAGCAGAUGGUCUGAAUUCCAAAAUUGAAGAGAUUGAGAUGCAACUAUCAGCAGAGAAAGACGAAUGCAAAAGAAUUUCUUCCAAAAUUAUGGAGUUUGUAAAGGCAAAUAUUCGUCAUGGAAGAAUACAAGAUGAACUGAAGAGGUCACAAGCUCAUCUUCAAAGGCUUGGGGAUCAGCUUGGCUCAGAUGCUCUAGUUGUUGCUAAUGAAGAGGACAUCAGCAUUGAUGUGAGUGAUGAAGAGACUUUGGACAAUCUCUUAAUGAUCCCCCAAAAUGACAAGGCUUCACCAAGGAAGGAUGAGACAUCGGGCAAUCCUAUAAUGGACCCACGAAAGGAUCAAUACAAGGUUUAUUCUGGUAAGAGAAGGACAAGGGUUCGCAUGGUAGAAGCUGAUGAAUCAAGGAAGGAUGAGACAUUAGGUAAUCCUAUAAUGGGCCGACGGAAGGAUCUAUACGAGGCUUCUCCUAGUAAGAAAAGGAUGAGGGAUCACAUGGUAGAGGCUGAUGAAAAAUCAAAACAAGCAAAUUCGGCAGCAAGAAAACGACGUAGUUUGGGACAUAUGAGAUCUGAAAGGCAAAAUAGAUGGGAGCCAAAUGUUGCUCAGACUAUAAAUACUGAUAAAGUUGGGGAAGAGGCGAAUGGAAUCAACAGUGAUGGGCCUUUGGUUAACAAUAUCAAGCCUAAGCAAAGAAAGACUAAUUUCACCAGCGCUUCCUCUGGAGAUAAGCUUAAUGAUAUCAAGUCAACUAGAAUGGUGGCACAUAUGAUGGAUGAAGUUGUCGACGUGGUUGAAUUGAACGAAAAGCCUGAUUCAGGAGAAGUCUCCUCUGCCAGAGUCAAAGACGACUUGACACUUGACAAUAUAGUCUUGCCACCUCCUCCACCUCUUCCAGUUGCAGAAGAUGCAUACUUACAGUACAAGGGGAAAGAUGAGUUUGUGGAUGUGGUUACGGAUUAUGGUGGGGAUACCGAUGAUUAUGAUGAUGAUGAUCUCAAUGAGGCCGAUGAUGAUGAGAUGCUGGAUGUAGAUAUCGUUUGACUCUUUAUUCUAGGAGAAUGCAUAUUCGCUCUUGGAGUAUAUAGUUAUAUACAUGAGCUUCAAUUUUUAUUUUUAUUUUUUUGAUGUUUCAAUGCCUGUAAAAAAGUUCCAAGGCUUAUACACUAUUAGGUCUUUGAUCAUUGAUCUCUCUCUUGGAACCUGGCGCCUAGCAAGUCUUUUGUAACAUGAUGUCUUGCUUGGCAUAGAACUACUUUCUUUUAAUUCAACAGGUCUUAAGAA